ACAACACCGGCAAGGCAAAAUGAAGACAAUUUUGUCGUCCGAGACAAUGGACAUUCCCGAUCGCGUAAAUGUGAAGGUGAACGUGAAGGUGAUCGUAGUGGAGCGUCCUCGCGGCAUGCUGUCCUGCAACUUCAAGCACCUCAACCUGGACUUCCAACUCAUCAAGGACGAUACAACCGGUAAGCAGAAGCUCAAAGUUGAGGCAUGGUUCGGCGCUUGCGAGUCCAACGCCGUCAUCCGGACUGCUCUCAGCCAUGUCGAGAAUCUCAUCACUGGCGUUAUCAAGGGGUACCACUACAAGAUGCGAUUCGUCUAUGCCCACUUUCCUAUCAAUGCUUCCAUCACCAAUAGCAACAAAUCAAUUGAAAUCCGUAAUUUCCUUGGCGAAAAGAAGGUUCGAAAAGUAAUAUGCUUGAAAGAGUUUCCAUUGCCAGGCCGGAGAAGGUUAAAGAUAAGCUGAUAUUGGGGGCAAAAACCAACGUUUAGCCCCUCACCUUAUAAAAUUAAAAUGUCAUGUGAAGAACAAAGACAUCAGGAAGUUCCUUGACGGUAUCUAUGUUAGUGAGAAGGGAACCAUUCUAGAGGAGUAUUAAAUGAAUUUACAGCAUUUGUUGAUCUUUUCUUUUUGUAUCAUAUCAUCAGUUUCCUUUUAGACGACUUUUGAUAGCGGUUGUUCUGCUUUCAUGAAAAUUUUGCAGACAACUCCCGCAAUUUAUUUGAAAUUAGAACAACAGUUUUGCACCUGUUUAGAUGGUUUGGAUUUGGACGAAUGCUUUAUAUAGAAUGCCCUGUUGAACAUGAUCUUGCUAUUAAACAUUUAUUGGUUCU